AUGUCCAUUGAAAUUCGUUUCGGGGCCACUGGGCGAUGGAUCCGCGUGGCUGUCCUCGUUAAUGCCGAACAGUCAUUAGCUCCCGCAAGCGGCCGGUUUAUGCUGGAGCGAUGCGUGGGUGAGCGCUGUGGAGCGUCGGCGAUGGUGGGCCGUGGCCGCGGAAAUAUCAUUGGACACCGAGGGCGGUGGCGGCGGCGGCGGCAACGCGGGCGACGGGCCCCGCGGCGCGGUUCCAUUAUUCAGCAGCGCGGCUCUGUAAGGAGAAUCAUAAACAGUUAUUUCGUUUUACGUGUGCAUCUUGUGAAAAAAGAUGGAUCAGGAGAUUCUGCAGUAUCGAACUUGAAAAUCACUACUUUCCAAGGCCUCAAUAAAUUGAUUCAAACAUAUCAAUUAGAUCAGAUUUUUCAUCAUCAUAUUCAGUGGCUUACAACUGGGAUUUGGGACAUUUUAAGAGGUGUCUUCCCCGUUAGUUGCUGUGUCCACGUCCUUAGUUGCUUUAAAUUAAAACAUUUCCCUCGACCCACCUGUCUGGUAAGAACAAUUCUGUCUUCAGUGUACGUCUACUUCAUAGAUGCAUUUCAAGCUUGGUGUGAUCGUUGA